AUGUGCUCAAUUUCACGUGGGCAAGGGAGUAGGAGUAGCAGCAAGAUCCCGUUGACAGUUGCUGGCUGUUCACUGAAAUCCAUUUGUGAAACCAUUUUGCAGGAUUUGUUUGCUGUUUAUAUACGUAAACGUUUUGCUUCGGAUGAGAAUGAUGAUGGUGAUGAUGAUGAUGAUGAUGAUGAUGAUGAUGAUACAGUGACAGACGGAGAAGCGAAAAAAGUUGUUGACAUUAACCUGUCAUUCAGAAACGGUUGA